GCGGAUCUGAUCUAGCAUCUACCAUCUGCACACACACACACACACACACACACGAGCUCCUAGUGGUUAGUUACAAUUCUGGCCACCAGUUAAACUUGUUCCACUCGCCAUCAUGUCCGUUUUGUGUUAUAAUAAGGGAUGUGGAAAGCGAUUUGAUCCAGAAAAUAACCCAGACGAUGGUUGCACCUAUCAUCCAGGAGUCCCAGUAUUCCACGAUGCAUUGAAGGGAUGGUCCUGCUGCAAGAGAAGAACCACCGACUUCUCAGACUUCCUCAGCAUUGUUGGCUGUACAAAAGGUCCCCACAACAAGGAGAAGCCCCCUGAGCCGGUGAAACCAGAUGUGACAUCAUCAGUAGAAAAGAAAGACGCAGAUGACCAAAAGCCAAAGUUUAACGAGUACAUCAUCUCGGCACCAAAGCCUCAGGAGGCGAUAAGCAGACCGAGUGCUGAUGAGCCGAUGGUGAGGAUGCAGCAUAACGUCUCUACUUCACUGAAGCAGGCUCUGGAGAGACUGAAGCUUUCUGAAAAUGUGGCAGAGAAGAAAGAGGAUGAAAAUGAUGAGAUCAAGAUUGGAACAUCCUGUAAAAAUGGAGGAUGUACUAAAAGUUUUGAUGGACCUGCAAGCGAUUCGGAUGUGUGCUUUUACCACUCUGGAUUUCCUAUCUUCCAUGAAGGGAUGAAAUACUGGAGCUGCUGUAAGAAGAAAACCUCUGACUUUAACACCUUCCUUUCUCAAGAGGGCUGUACCAAGGGAACACAUGUAUGGAGGAAAAAAGAUGCGGGUAAGAAAGUGGUUCCAUGUCGGUUUGACUGGCACCAGACGGGGACGCAGGUCAUCAUCUCUAUCUACGCCAAGAACGCCGUCCCAGAGCUAAGCUAUGUGGAUGCAAACAGCACCACGCUCGACAUCCAUGUUAUAUUUGAGGGAGAGAAGGAAUUUGUGCAGAAAAUCAGCUUGUGGGGAGUGAUAGAUGUGAGUAAAAGCAUAGUGAACAUGAUGGCCGCCAAGAUCGAGGUCGCCACGAAGAAGUCCGAGCCCAUGACAUGGGCUCGUCUGGACCUUCCUCCCCCGCCCCCGCCCAAGGAGGAGGAGAAGGAGAAGGAAAAAGAGGAGACUGAUAGCGAGGAUGAAGAUGAAUGAUGAUCAAUUAAAAAUACAAACGGUGUGUAUUUUUAGCUGAAUCCAAGGCCACACAGUCCAUUCCUUACCUCUUUUUGUCUCUUUUGCUGCCAUGGAACUUUGGCCUCUACUCUUCAACAUUUACAGUGUUUCCUUUUUCAUUCUUAGUUCUUAUACAUACAAACAUACUUGCCUUUGCCCUUUUUUCUUGACUUUUGAUCAUUUUGUUGGUCAUUAUAUAUGUUGGAAUGCUCAAGAAUCUUCAAGUACUUUUUUACAACCGUUUUUCGUUCAAGUACUGAAUGAUAACGGGAACACUGACUUUUAGCAGAUUUUUAAUCAAGUCAGACUAUGACACACUUUUUAAUUGCACUGAAAUCCCCUGGAAAAUAACACCACACAAUGGGAUAGGAGUCAGGUGUGACCAUGUUUAAUCUCAGACCAAUAAAGCAUUUCAUGUGAACUGCUCAUAUCAAGUCUUCAUAAUGGACCACAUUUGUGACCAUCCUCUAUUUCCACAUUUUGUUAAAAUAGUCAUUCCAGCCUUUAGUUUUAUAAAUUGUUGCAUUUUCUCCACAAUUAUCACAUCAGACUGAAUGCUGUCUUCAUAGAUAAAUUCCCAUGUAUGUGUGGCAAUGAAGCAGCUCUAUGUAGUUUGAGUAGGACAUUUGGAUCUCUAAGAUGUCCACACUUGUUUAAUGGAGUUUAUUCUAAAUAAAUUGUGUUAUAAGAAAUCCAACAGUUCCUUGGGACUCGUACACUUAGAAAUUAAGAUGUACUCCGACUACUCCACCUUUUCCAGUUAAAAUACUAGAUUUGCUCCAAAUUAUGUAAAUCUUGUGCAAGUUCUGCUUCUACAUGAUCAAUGCUGUAAUUGUCUCCUCAUUUCUUGUCAAAGCAACCUUAGUUUUAAUAUUGAGAAUGUACUGUAAUAUCAGAGAAUGCCGAUUGAAUACAAAGUAUGUUUCAGCAAAGUACUGUAUGGUUAAAAACGCUAUGCUUGACAGCAUGUCUCAGGCUUAGAAUGUAUGAAUUAUAUUUUGUCGAAUGACACAAUUACCUAAGGGUACAAUGAUUAGGUAACCAAUUCAUCUUACCAAAAAUAGACUUUUGUGGUAAACUUUUAAAGGUGUGGUGUGAAUAUUUCUGACCUUCAGUAUAUGCAGACCAAGUUUGUUAAAGUGGUAUUAACGCCAGACUCUUCUAACGGUUGUCUGAAACACUUGAAUUCAAUUGUGAGUAUGUGACCUCUUCAAGUGAAGAUUGUGAUCCACCUGCAACUUUGGGAAUUGCAGUGGCUUUUACAAAUGUCAAAGUUUUUCAAAACUAUUGCAUAACUUUAAGGUUAGAAUAUUGAAUUAUGUCCCGAUCCUAUGGAGAUGUCUCAGACCUUGACAUCUAUGCAGCUAUUAUCACCUUUGUUUCUCUUUCCAGAAGCACGUCUGACACCACAGACAUGGAUCAAUUUAAAUGUUAAUUAAAGUGCUGUUUCAGUCAACUCCCACACAAAGAUAAUAAAAGAAAGUGCCCCAAGGCUUUUGUACAUUUA